CGAAUGGAAGGGCGGAGAAAGAAGAAGGGAGUCAUCGUGAGUGUUGGUUUGGUUUUAAGAAAAACGUAAUAAACUUAAAUGUCAGAAUCCCAGAUAUGUCUUAAAUUCAUUGCAAUGGCACGAUGACACGUGCUGAGGUGUAUUCGUCAUGUUUUUUUGCUGCUUUCACAUCGAAUCAAUCAUGUCAAAUUUGGGAAAAUAUGGAAAUAAAGUCCAAGUCGACUACAAAGCUCGCCUCGAACACAAAUUGUAUCUGGCUCGAGAAAAUCCAGAGCCGGUAUUUGAUAUAUCGGAAUGUGCGCUGAAGAAUGUUCCGUCUGGUAUAUAUUCUCUGUGUAAAGUAUUUAGGAAAAAAGUUCUAUGGAUGCAAUGCAACAAGUUAAGUUCGCUGUCAGGAGGUGGUGCCUUAAGCGAUCUAUCCCUUCUCACAGUAUUGGAUCUACACGACAAUUGCUUUACUUUUUUACCAAGCGAUAUAGCUUACCUUACAUCGCUCAAGGAACUGUAUCUACAAAAUAAUACGAUCAGGAAGUUACCAAUUGAAAUACUCAAUCUAACAAAUUUAUCAGUUCUGAAUGUCGCUCAAAAUAACUUGAAAUAUUUACCGGAACCAAUGGGAGAGCUACGCCGGCUCACCGUGCUUGACAUAAGCCAUAACAAACACCUCGAUAAGCUACCAAAAUCACUAGGUUACUCACAGUUGUUAUCAGAGAUAAAAAUUGAAGGACUGAAACUUUCUUACCCACCACAGGACGUAAUAUCUGGUGGCGUUGUUGUGAUAGUUGCGUUUCUGGCUAAGGAAUCUGGAGUUGAAUACACCCCGGAAAAUUGUAUCCAAACAACGAACACCAGUCGAAAUUCAAGCUCUGAAAAUAGACAAAUGAGCUAUCAGAAUGUAGACAAUGAUAUUCAGGCGACGUUAAUGAAGUUAGAAAAAAACAAGGCAUGUUUUUACGUUGAACACCGACAACACGCGCUUUUAGAAGUGGAGAAAAAUAUUCGCGAGCAACAAAAAUAUGAGCACGAAUUGCAGUCCUCAAUAAAAGCUCACAGAGAAAAGCUACUGGAGGAUUUGGCGUUGCAACAAACACAGUUGGAGCAAGAAAUCGAAAAGGUUCAACAGGAAAGAGACAAUGAUCGGGCACGCUUGCUAUCUUAUAUCUAUAAUGCUGAAAAAGAAGCUGACAAUGUGAUCAAGGAAUUCCUGCAUCAUAGCGAAGAAGAGAGACAGAGCCAGGCAGAACUUUUGGAGAAAGAAAAACUCGAGGAAGUUCAAUUACUGGCGGCAAGUCAUUCGGCACAAUUCAAUUUGCGUACAAAAGACACCCUCAGUGCUAUGGAAGAGUUGCUGGGACAGGAACUUCUAACUGAACAAAAACUUGAAGAGUAUACCAAAUUCCGUGAUUAUACCGCCCAAUCUUUACUGGGCUUAGAAGUAAGAAACAAUGAUCACUUAACGCAGAUAGUACAAGAUCAAGAAAGAACAAGGCAAGAUUUAGUAAUCAGUCUGCGUAAAGAUGAAGCACUACAAAAGGCUGCUGUCACUGCGUUACUUGAACGCAGUGAUACACGCUCCUGGAGUAUCGUGCAACAAGUUAAUCUUGUUCAAGCGCAGCUUGCGAAUCUCACCGCCAUUGAGUUGGAAAAACGAAAAUUAGAAACAAACCAGCAGAUCAAUGAUAUCGCUGACAAAAGGGUGACCUUGAGUAUCAUUCUUAUGGACUUGUUACAGCAGCAGGAAAAUCGGAGACAACAGCUAAUAGAAACCAUUAAUCAAAUUGCGCAACAGCAACAUACAGAUAGUUCAAGAAGAGGCAGCCAAUUCUGGCUAAUGCAAUACCAAUCACUCAUGGAAACCAGGCCUCAAGGCUUACUGGAGACACUGGAGCCAAUGUUAGUCAGACAUUUAGCUAUUGCAGGAGUGAUGCAUUGUCUCCCAUUUUUGAGUACAAUACAGUCACUUUUGCCACAUAUUACUCAUGAGGAUUUAAUAGAGGUUGGAAUCAAGAGCGCAAAUGAUCGAACAGCAAUCAUAUUAGCUACAGAAAAUUAUCUAGCAGAGAAAAAGCUGCAUGCUAGCGAGCAUUUGCACGAGAUACCAUCUGUCGUACCGUCUGCUCCAGAAGACAAAGUUGGCACAAGUUCUAAGAUGGAUAAAAACGAAGAUUCACAGGGCAUAAAUUCCACGGAAUGUGUUAUCUGCCUCGACAUGGCUUGUCAAGUUAUUUUCCUUCCCUGUGGACACAUGUGCUGUUGCACAGAAUGUGCGAAUAAAGUAGCAACGGAGUGUCCAAUGUGUCGCAGUGUUGUUGAGCGUAGAAUACGAGUUUUAACAACAUGAUCACAGCGAUAUGUUCUACAAAACUCGCACAACAUUUGAAGAAUGUUUUAAUUAGUCAGACGAUUUGGUGAACUGCAAAGUGUGAAAGAAAACAACGCCAUACCCCUGUUUUGUAUUAUGAAGACAUAAAAGUUGGUUUGUAAAAAUAUUCUAUCUUUUAUUUUAAAAUAUCUAUUGUGUUAUGGUUGAUGCAAGUAGAUCCUUGGAUAAAAUUUGCAUACUUGCAUCACUAUACAGACUAGACUUAAUGUGCGAAGCUCAAGAGAACAUGAUGUUUCCAUAAGAAAAUCAUUGCAUAUUUAUCCAGUAUUUAAAAAUAGUGUGAACAUCUCAGAAAGCCAAUGAUAAAAAUGCUUGGAUAAUGUCUUGUUAUUUCUACAGAUUUCUUUCUUUCUUUGUGUACUGAAAUAGAGACAGAAUUGAAUGUGCAAGACAAACAAUUUUUAUUAUAAAAUAUUUUUCAUGGUGAUGUAUAUUUCAUUCUCAAGUUAAGUAUCAAAAUAUUGGACAAGUUUCAACCAAAAUCUAUGAUUCAAGUUGAUGAGCACUUAUCGAAAAUGCAAAUCAUAAAUAUCUAUGUAUAAUAUUUAUAUACAUUUGAUAUAGAAUUUUUAAUGUUUAUUUGCUUAUAAAUUUUUCUAUCAAAAUUACAUUUCUCAAAGAACGAUAUUAAAGAAUUUAAAUGUCCUUAAAAGUUUCUAAACUACUGUUAAAAUAUGAAUAGUAAAGCCAAGUAUGAUUACAAUUACUAAUGCAGGAUAUGAAAAUGAUCCGAAAUUAUUCUAAACUACGAGUAAUGGUAAAUUUUUGCUAAAUAACAUUUAAGUGGUACUACUCGUUAAGAAUGCCUAACUAUUGGAAGGCGGCGCUAUAUAUAUACAUCGCAGUUAAUUCAGAUGAAAAAUUCUUUGAUUACUAGAAAUAAUUAGAAUUCGUUCAAUUUUAAUAAACAGCGCUGAUCAAGAAAUAGUAGCUUGAGUAGUCAAUAAUUUUAUGCUAGUCUUUCUUUGCAUGUUUUGUAAACAUAAAGUGCCAUAUAUACACAUACAAUUAAUUCUUACAUAUAAGAUAUUAUUGCGAUGUGUUUACCUAUGUAAAGUAAGUAAACGGAACUGAGAUAUAAGCUAGGCAUAAGAUAUAACUUUAUAACAUAGUGAAGGAGAAGACACAAAGUAAACCAAUAUUACAGAACGAAAUAUGGAUUCGAUAGGCAUGUCUCUAAUUGAUUAGACUCACUACUAUUGGUAAACAGAAUACUAAACACUGUUCGUAGUGAAAUGAAAAAUUCCAUUAAUUUAGCAUAGAAUGAUCGAAUUGUAGUCAUUUCCUAUACCGCACAUUCUGCACUUGAUUUAAAAAUCCACAUAGAAAGAACAUUGCUAAUCUUUCUUAUUCUCAUACGGAGUUUUAGAACAAGCGGAGUAAAUGUUUUUUAACCCUAUAGUCUAUACCUACCAUUACUGUAAGCUUGCAAGAUUGUUCAAUUAUUGAUCUAAUGAUAUUGAAUGAAAAAAAAGAAAACUACAUGUAUAUGUAUAUAUAUAUUACUAUGUAUAUUAUUAUGUACCCAUUGAGAUACACACUUU